CUUGCCCUGCGGGAUGGAAGAUGUUCAGUUGUACCUGUUAUCUCUUCUCCACUAAUUCUCAAUCUUGGGAAAAAGGACGACAAGACUGCAGAGACAGAGGAGCAGAUCUGGUGAUCAUAGACAGUUCUGAAGAACAGGAAUUCCUCACUAAAAACAUCAGGAAGGACACCUGGAUUGGUCUGACUGACAGAGACAAUGAGGGCACCUGGAAAUGGACUGAUGAAACUCCACUGACUCUGGCGUACUGGUGGACAAAGCAGCCUGACAGUGGUGGUGGAGAUCCACAGUGGGGGGAAGAGGACUGCGCACAUUUCAUAUAUGGCACAAAAAUGACAGAGAACUGGAAUGAUCAGCGGUGUGAUGCCGCUCUGCAAUGGAUCUGUGAAAAAAUUACUUAAGAUUUAUUGAGUUUUAUAAAUUCUGUUACUAUGUAAGUUAUGAUUAAUCAAAAGGUCUUUAAUUGCAAUUAUUGUAUGCGUAAAUACAAAGAGAGAGAGAAUGUACAUCAACAUUGACUAUUAUGGAACGGAGACCAGGAAUUUAGAUCUCACUAGGAUUUUUUUGAAAAAAAGUUACUUCUUUUAAACAUGGCUGCCUAAUGUUACCACAAAUGUUGUAGCUAACGUUAUACCGAACACCCCUGAAUGUUCGACCCUGAAUGCACUGAUUAUGAUAAUAAAACAAACUCAAUGCUUUCCUCCACAGUUUGUUGUUGAAUAGAGGAAGACAUUUACUCUCACAUUCACUG